UGCACCUUUUCCCUGCUUUCUUCAUCUUACAUCCAUCAUCCAUGGAGCUGUUGAACGGCUCUCUGAGUGUCGUGAUGCAUGUCUUCGUUGCUGCAUUCCUCCUGGUGUACCUGCCCAUCUCGCUCGUGUGGAGACUACUCAGGUGGGCGUUGGUGAGGCCCUUCUUGAAGGAGGACAUGACGGGGAAGGUGGUCCUCAUCACCGGCGCUUCAUCCGGCAUCGGCGAGCAACUAGCUUACGAGUACGCGAAGAGGGGGGCGUCCAUGGCGCUUGCAGCGAGAAGAGAGCGCGCCCUGGAGACCGUCUCCGCGAAGGCCCGGGAGCUGGGCGCCCCGGACGUGCUUGUGAUCGCAGCGGACAUCUCCAACCCUAGCGAGGCCAACCGGGUCGUCCAGGCAACCAUCGGUCGCUUCGGGCAGCUGAACCACCUCGUGUGCAACGCAGGGCUUUGGUGCAGCUGCUUCUUCGAGGAGAUCACCAGCAUCACUGCGUUUACCCAGUUGAUGGAUGUCAACUUCUGGGGUUCCGUCUAUCCGACCUAUUACGCCCUUCCCUUCCUCAAGAACACCCGCGGAAAGAUCGUCGUCAACGCAUCCAUGGCUGGCCGCGUUCCUACACCGAGAAUGUCCUUGUACAACGCAAGCAAGGCGGCGAUGAUCAGGUUCUACGAAACGCUACGGUCGGAGCUCGGGUCCGACGUCCGAAUCACCAUAGUCAACCUCGGUUACGUCGCCUCCGAGCUCACCAAAGGCAAAGCCGUGCAGAAGAACGGCGAAGUAGCAAUCAACCAAGAAGCCAGAGAUAUCCUAGUGGGGCCGCUGCCGAUCGGGAGCACCAAGAAGUGCGCGCAGCUCAUCGUCGGCGGGGCGUGCAGGGGCGACGAGUACAUAAGCUGGCCAUCCUGGUACAAGCCGUUUCACGUCGUCAUGAGCCUGGCGCCGGAGAUCGUCAUCUGGUUCUCCCGUUGCUUCUACUUGGGCAAUCCGGGGAAUGCCUCGAGCGAGCCAUUGAGCAAGCGGAUGCUGAACGUGAAGGGGCUCAAGAGAUUUCUUUACCCAGCUUCUGUUCUAUCUCCGGGCAGCGUCGUGGAUGAGAUCCAUGCAUGAACGAAGACGGACAAUGGAAGCUUAUUAUUGAGUGCACGUCAGACCGCUAUAAAGAUUCCCACCAACCCUGUGAGAAAGAAACAAGAUGAAAAUAGAAGAGGGAAAAAGGAUUUCCAGCCAUUCAUGCAAGCAGUGGAUGUGAGCGUCCUUC